AUGACCACAACCACCGACAGCAAGCGGAAACAGUCGCCCUGCGACAAAGUGCUCGGGAUCCAGGAACUGUUCGAGCUGAUAGUUCUCCACCUGAACCUUGAAGACCCAGCUUGCCCCAGACUCUUGGCCACUGUCUGUCGGCGUUGGUACAGUUACUUUGCGCCUUAUUUCUGGAAAGCGGUCGCCAUAUACAAGUGGGACAAACACUUCACCACACACCUUCAGCGUCAUGGAAGUGAUAUCCGGGAUUUCAGUUGUCACCGAGUUGACAGGAGUGUGAUAAAGACAGUCGCCCAUUUCUGCACCAACCUGCAGGCACUGCACCUCUCGCUGGACCGACACUCCAUAAUGGUGUCGUAUGACCUGUUAGAAUUGACGUUUCUCCGGACACAAUCUCGUCUCACUACGGUGUCUGUCAAACUUGACACUUCGGUCGUCAAUGUUUCGAUACUAUGGGCCCUGUGUCGACUACCCCAUCUCACCCAUCUGAGUCUUCAAAUUUACGGAACUGUUGAUCUGGCGGUGUUCGUGGCAGAGACUCUUGGAUGCUGCCCAGGACUACAAUCGCUUACUCUGGAAUGCUGGAUCCCUAAUACACCUCAACCAUUGCUCAAGAUGCUAAAGGCUAAAGCCAAGCGGAAAGUGGUAUCAAGGUUCAAUCGAUCACCCAACACUGUUCAGGAGGCCGUUGGACGGAGUGGACUUGCACCCACUAGACUUGGAUCGCCUUUACCGAUGGCACAACCCGUGCAACAGUUGCCCUCGAUUCUGGAAAUCAGUACAAUAACCAACAGCAUUCGUCGACUCGACCUCCGUGUGCUCCUUGACGACGUACCGGCCAUACAGUGGACCGACUGGGCGACAACAAACGUCGAUCGCUGCCUGGCACAACACCAGCAAAAGUACGGGACUCGACACCCACUAAAGACACUCUCCCUCACAAGCGACAACACAACCUCAUUCCCGAUCAUUUCAUGUAUUCUGGCUGCUCGCUCGCUCGAUAUCCAAACACUGACGGUGGGGAAUCUUUGGAGAUCCCAAGAGAGCUAUGACAUCGACCCUGUCCAUGGAGCCAGCGCAUCCCGGUUUUUGAUCAACUUGUCACAGGAGUAUCUUCGCAGUCCAUGGCAUGCGUUAAAGGAGACAUUGGUGCAACUGGAUAUGCAUACGACCAUCAUUGCGACCAAGGAUAUUACACGCACAUUUCUUCGACGUUUGCAAGACUUGCCCAAGUUGCGUGCGCUGUGCGUCUCGACUCGACAUAUUCACGACUGGGUGCAUCCAUCAUAUCAAGCCCCUCGCUUUAUUUGGAAGGGAGAGUUGCCGGUUGCAGACACUUUUGAGCAGAGCAGUAUCGUCAACAGUACCAGAGUCAACCAUGGCGACUUUUUCACCAUCAAGCUUCCAACUGUGAGCUACUCGUUUGCACCACUACGAGAGUUUAUCAUCAAAAGCUAUCCGUUUGGAUAUGACGAAUACAAGGAGAUCACGACUGAGCAGGCACUGUUUGUUUUGGCUGCUAUGCCGGGCCUGGAAUACUUUGUUGCAGAGGAUGGAGUUAUUAGUAAGGAGUCAUUAGUGGACAAGGACAAGAACAAGGACGUGCCCAAGAGCACCAACCCGGUGCCCACACCCUGCGAUACGGUUCUCAGGAUUCCAGAACUACACGAGCUGAUCAUCAGCUUCAUGAACAGCAGCAGUAGUCGUCUGAAGGACCUAAAGCAUUGUGCUCUUGUCUGCCGUCAUUGGCAGAGUUACUUCAAACCUUAUGCAUGGAAGUCACUUACGGUUGGAAAGAAGGUCAACAAAGGCAGGAUGUCCUUCCGUAAGGAGACUGGCAUACUUGUUCGUCGCCUCACCAUCACCUGCGCGACCAGGAAUCUUGCCAACAUCAUCCCCGAGAUCUUCCUUCAUAUCGAAUACCUCAGCUUGGCAAUUGAGUCGGAAUCUGAUGGGAUCGGAUACGGGCAUCUACAUCGGCUGUUCACACUCCUACAGGGUACUUUGACAAAUGUCAAGAUCUCGCUUGAGAUGAGCAAGAGCAUGAAUGUUGGUGGAUCGUCUCGACAAACGCCGGCUACAAACGUACAGAAUAAUGUCAACGGCCCUUCUUUGCCAAGUGCGACCAAGACUAACAACAGCAAGAGCAGCCUACGCCGACUCCACUACAAGGAGGCACCAUCCAACAUAGUCGCAUUCGAAAACAUCAUCACCACCUACGGCCCAGGACUAGAAGAACUGGCGAUCAAGGGACACAGGCACUACUCUUUCUCCGAAGAUGUUUGGCGUUCCGUCCUAGAAACCUGUCGCUUCCUCCGAAUUCUUGACAUUGUCGACCGCGGACCUUGCCCCUCCAUCCCGAUCUUGAUCUUGUCUCUCCUACAUCUCGAAGCAUUACUGAUCAACUUUCGGAAUUGCAGUGCGCGACAGGUUGAUUUGGGGUUGUCGGAACUUGGGGUCAGCCUUGAGAAGCACCGGAGCCAGUACGGCAGAGAACAUCCGCUGAAGUGCCUGGAGUUUGGGGGAUGGAUUGACCGACCGGACUUGGUGGUGAAGACGCUUAUGGAAGUACUACUCCAGGAUUCGGUAUCUUCGCAGAUCGAGGGGUUGAGGAUAUGCUAUGGCAACAUAUGUUUCAUGACACCCCCGGUGUUCCCUUCCGUGCUACCCUCGACAGCCGCCUCCUUUUCGUCAUCGUCGCCGUCUUCAACAUUGGCCACUACUACUGGCAGCACUACCUCUGGCGGCGGACGAAGCUUGAAGGAAACGCUUAUUCAACUCGACGUAUCGUUUGAGCAAUUUCCGCAAUACGGCGAAGGAAAACUGUUCUUUGAACAACUCCAAGAGUUCCGCCACCUCCGAGUCCUACACGUUGUGCACUCCCACCUCUGGGUCCUGGAUCGCAUGCAUAAUGAAAGCAACAAUAACAUUUCCUCCUACCCAUAUAACGGCCCUCCACACGUCGUCAACCCCAACCACCCCAACCACCCUAACAACAGCACUCACUCUCACCACCGCCAACCCACAACAGCAACAACAACAACAACAACAACCCACAAUGAUGACCUCCUCCUUCUCCCAGAAACAACCCUCCAUUUCCCAUCCAUCCAAGAACUACACAUCGGCUACGGCGAUAAGCGGGUCACCUUCCCAUUGAACUAUACGCCCAGCAAUGCGGUGACACUAGAGUUGGUGGUGCUGGUUGUGGCGAUGAUGCCUCAGUUGAAGGUUUUUGUGUUGGCGGAUAAGGCCAGUGGUGGGGUGAUGCGAACACUGAGGGAGAGGUUCCAGGGGAUUGUGUUUGAAGGUGAUCAGGCGUGA